AUGGAGGCGAAGCAGAUGAGGUUUCUUACUCACCAAGCUUUCUUCUCCUCCGUUCGAUCAGCUGACCUCAACCAACUGGAAGAAUUAGUCGAUAAGUUAACCGGAGAUGAGCUAAUUGAGGAGUCAUCGCCGUCUGCUGCGGUGGCUGAGCUUAUGUCUGUGCAAAACGACGCCGGAGAAACCGCCUUGUAUAUCGCCGCCGCGGAGAAUCUGGAAGAGAUUUUCAGUUACUUGAUUAGGUUUUGUAGUUUGGAAACAGUGAAGAUCAGAUCCAAAUCCGACAUGAACGCGUUUCACAUCGCCGCCAAACGAGGACACUUGGGGAUAGUGAAGGAGCUACUGAGUCUAUGGCCGGAGCUCUGCAGAAUCUGCGACGCUUCAAACACGAGCCCGCUUUACGCAGCCGCGGUUCAAGAUCACUUAGAGAUAGUAAACGCGAUGCUAGACGCUGACCCGAGCUGCGCGAUGGUCGUUCGAAAGAACGGGAAAACAUCGCUGCACACGGCGGGAAGGUACGGUCUGCUUCGGAUUGUGAGAGCUCUUAUAGAGAAAGACUCAGCCAUCGUCGGUGUCAAAGACAAGAAAGGCCAAACAGCUCUUCACAUGGCAGUAAAAGGACAAAACGUUGAAGUAGUCGAAGAGAUUUUGCAGGCAGAUUACGGUAUAUUGAACGAUAGAGAUCGUAAAGGGAACACCGCGUUGCAUAUCGCUACUCGAAAAUCGCGGCCACAGAUAACGAGCUUGUUGCUGACGUUUACGGCGAUUGAAGUGAACGCGGUUAACAACCAGAAAGAAACCGCGAUGGAUUUGGCGGAUAAGCUUCAAUACAGCGAAUCAGCUUUGGAGAUCAACGAGGCUUUAGUGGAAGCUGGGGCUAAACACGGGAGGUUCAUUGGUCGAGAAGACGAGGCUAGAGCGUUGAAGCGAGCGGUGAGCGAUAUCAAGCACGAGGUGCAGUCGCAGCUUCUGCAGAACGAGAAAACCAACCGCAGGGUCUCAGGGAUCGCGAAAGAGCUGAGGAAACUGCACCGAGAAGCGGUUCAGAACACGACUAACUCGAUAACGGUGGUGGCGGUUCUGUUCGCGUCUAUAGCGUUCUUGGCGAUAUUCAACUUGCCUGGUCAGUAUUUCACUGACGGGUCACGAGCGGGGAAAGCGCAGAUCUCCGGGAGCACUGGUUUCCGCGUGUUCUGUCUUUUGAACGCGACGUCGCUGUUUAUAUCGUUGGCGGUUGUGGUGGUACAGAUAACGCUGGUUGCGUGGGACACACGGGCGCAGAAGAAAGUGGUGUCCGUUGUGAAUAAGCUGAUGUGGGCGGCUUGUGCUUGCACUUUCGGGGCGUUUUUGGCGAUUGCGUUUGCGGUAGUGGGAAAAGCGAACUCGUGGAUGGCGAUCACGGUGACGUUGCUUGGAGCGCCGAUACUGGUUGGGACGUUGGCGAGCAUGUGUUAUUUCGUGUUUCGGCAGCGGUUUAGGAACGGUAACGAUUCGCAGAGAAGGAUUAGGAGAGGGAGUGGGAGUAAAUCGUUUUCUUGGUCUUACUCUGCUCACGUUUCCGAUUUUGAAGACGAAUCAGAUUUCGAGAAGAUUAUCGCUCUUUGA